AUUGUUUCUGUUAAAACUCUGUAAUCGAUUCAAUGUUGGACGAAAGUAAAUUUGAUGUGCAACUGAAGUUAUGGGCAUUAAGAAUACCUCGUGAACUCUGCAAGACUGCAACUCGCUUACUGAAUGGAAAAAAAAAAAACUUUUGAUUGCAGAUAUUUGCUUGAUAAGGCUCGCGUUAAGCCUAUUACUGAAGAUCCUACUUCUGAAAAGAAUCGUUAUUUGAUAUUAUCUGAAGCUGUUCAAAAUAAUGAUUUGAGUGAUAUUUCAGCUGAAAGACUUGAGGAAUUGAAGAAAUUAUGCAAGAUUGAAGUAGUUCCUUAUUCUAUGACACUUGGAUAUUCCUACUGGGGUGCCGAUCAUAUAUUGAAGCAGAUCCUGCCUCCUGGAGUCGAGAUCCCUUCAUCUUUUGAAACAAUAGGUCACAUUGCCCAUCUGAAUAUACAUGAUGAACUGCUUCCAUACAAGGAUGUUAUUGCUAAGGUUAUUUAUGAUAAAAACUAUCCCAGGAUCAAAACUAUUGUUAACAAAGUUGGAACAAUUACAAAUGAGUUCCGAGUACCAAAGUUUGAAGUUCUGGCUGGAGAAAAUGAUAUGGUCACAGAAGUAAAGCAAUACGGGGCAACAUUCAAGCUUGAUUAUGGCUUGGUUUACUGGAAUUCAAGGUUGGAACAUGAACAUAUAAGGCUGGUUUCUCAAUUCCAACCAGGGGAUACGAUUUGUGAUAUGUUUGCUGGUAUUGGUCCUUUUGCAAUACCAGCAGCACAGAAAGGAUGUGUAGUUUAUGCAAAUGAUUUGAAUCCGGAUAGCUUUCAAUAUUUGAAGAUCAAUGCAAAACUGAAUAAGGUUGAUGAUCUCAUUUUUGCAUACAACAUGGAUGCUAGGACAUUUAUUUCCCAUCUGAUGGCAGUGCCAUCUUAUGAAAAUGAUUUAGAAUCUAAUUCUCCCACUCUUAAAGCAUGUCAGAAUCACAGGAUACAGGCCUAUGAGGAAACACAGGUUGCAGUUGUGGUGAAGGAAGUGCCUGAUAAGGUUUCAAGUGAUCAUGAGUUUGCACAAGAUCAAUGUAGGAAGGGAGAUGCAUUUGUAGCUGCCGUUAAAAGGCCAUCUACUUGCUGUCAGGAAGGAAAUGGGAACCCCCAUGGUGCUGCUAUUUCUUCCACUUCUAAAAGAAAAGGAAGCAUAAAUAAGAGGCUGAGAGCCUCUGAAUUGCCAAAUACUAAGCCUUGGGAGCAUGUUGAUCAUGUGAUAAUGAAUCUUCCUGCUUCUGCUUUACAAUUUCUAGAUUCUUUUAGCAGCGUUAUUCAAAGGAAAGACUGGAAGGGAGCUCUUCCCUGUAUCCACUGCUAUUGCUUUAUGCGGGCAACUGAAACCAAAGAAUCUAUUGUCUUGGAGGCCGAGUCUACCAUAGGUGCUCCUAUCCAAGGCCCAAUAUUUCAUAGGGUCAGAGAUGUUGCUCCAAAUAAGGCAAUGUUUUGCUUAAGCUUUAGACUACCAGAAGGAUGUUUGAAAGAUGCUGCCGCUAACCUUCAUUCUGUCAAUGGAGAUUUAUAACCAGUUAUUUGAACGAUUUUUUUCUUAUUCUGACUUUCACAAUCUAUAUAUUCAGGAUUAUGGUGAUCUUAGUCCUUUUACCCCAUACAUAAGUAGAAGCAUAAAGGAAAAACUUAGCAGUAGAGACAAACUUCAGACUGAUAAAUGAACAUGUCAAGGAAAUCUAUUACGAUAUUUCCUUUUUUAUUUUCAAUUUUGUCCUGAGUCAUUAAAACGAUGUAGAUCAAUUUCUUGUAAUGGUCAAGUACUGAAUCAUUUAUUAGAAAAUGAUUAAGCAAUCUAUGUUUUGGAA